AUGUUGAUUUCUAUAACAACGUUCCUUCUGAUUAUACGCUUUUGGAAAUGGCUCCGGUUACGGAAGUCCUACCCCCCUGGACCUCUUCGUCUACCUAUCGUUGGAGGCAUGUGGCGGUUCGGAAUCAUGAUUUCUAAAGAUACUUUCAUUAAGCUGGCAAAGCAAUAUGGAAAGAUUUACACUAUAUGGAUAGGGCCUGUGCCUGCAGUGGUGUUGUCUGGAUUCGAAGCAGUGAAAGAAGGCCUGGUAAACUAUUCAGAAUUCUUCACCGAUCGACCAAUGACCCCUCUCCUGAAAGCUAUAACGAGAGAAAAAGGCAUCGUCUUUUCCAACGGUCACACCUGGAAGCAACAGAAGAAGUUUGGGGUGGUUACCAUGCGGAAGCUGGGCCUGGGCAAGAAAGAACAACAAAUUGCAGAGGAAGCCCAGCAACUGGUGGAGUUUUUUGCAAAUUCGAAGGGCCACCCGUUUGACCCUUCGUUGCUCAUCAAAAAUUCCGUCUCCAAUGUGAUCUGUGCUGUGGCUUUCGGGCACCGGUUUUCCAUGGAUGAUGAAGAAUUCCUCAAUCUGAUAAAAUCUGUGGACUACAGUUUAAGAUUUGCAGCCAGCUUUUUCCACGGUCUGUAUGAAAUUCUCCCCUGGGUCAUGAAACAUCUCCCAGGGCCUCACCAGACCAUACUGGCCUGCACAGAGACUAUACUUACCUUUGCAAGGAAGGAGAUAGAAAUCCACAAGGAACAGCAGACAAUGUAUGAGCCACAAGAUUACAUUGAUUUCUAUUUGAAUCAGAUGGAGAAGAGCAAAGAUGACCCUGACACAACCUACAAUGAAGACAACCUGGCUCAGUGUAUUUUUGACCUGUUCAUCGCAGGAUCAGAGACGACUGCCACUUCUCUGCAAUGGGCACUGCUCCUCAUGGCGAAUUAUCCAGAUGUCCAAGAGAAAGUCUACAAGGAGAUGGAAGUUUUUGGCUCAGCUCAAUCUAUCUGCUAUCAAGAUCGGAAGAAGCUGCCGUACACCAAUGCUGUCAUUCACGAGACACAGCGUGCUGAAUAUAUGCUGCUAUUUGGAGUCCCCAGACAAUGUGUGAAGGAUGUGAAUAUUCUUGGUUUUUUCAUUCCAAAGGGGGCCAUUGUUGUUCCGGACCUUCGUUCUGUUCUUCUGGAUCCUGAACGCUGGGAGACACCUGAGGCAUUCAACCCAAAUCAUUUUUUGGACAAGGAUGGCAAUUUUGUGGCUAGAGAGGAAUUUCUGCCAUUUGGUGCAGGAGCCCGAGCCUGUGUUGGGGAGCAGUUGGCACGGAUUGAGCUCUUCGUCUUCUUCACCAACCUGCUGAGAGCAUUCUCAUUCCAGCUUCCAGAAGGAGUGACAGAAAUCAACAGGAAGCCUAUAAUAGGACUGACCACACUUCCCCGUCCGUUUAAGAUCUGUGCUGUUCCCCGCUAGAGCACAUCAUAGGCUACUAAAACAAUUGAUUUAUUUAUACAGUCGUUUUCUCCCUCGUGCUUUUACAUUUGAGCUGUGCCGUGAUUAAUUUGUCGUCUCCUGGAGCUUCUCCUGCCCAGAGAACUUUGUUGAUGCCUUGUCUCGAGAGGAAAUGCAGCUCGUUCGAUGGUGGUGUUGGCUGCUAAAUCCAUCACCAUCUCCUGACAUGUAUCCUUCUUCCUAGUUUCUGUUGCUGCACAAGAAGGAAAUCUGGUGGUGCAUCGACUUUUCUUUCCAA